GAUAAAGGGCAGGGGUGGGUCCUGUAGGAGUGGGGUAGGGCAGGAGGAAUAUAAGCCUCAGGAGCCCCGCGGUGCUCCCACCCUCGCAGCGGAGCCGCUUCAUCCCGACCUUCUUCCAGGUGAAGGUCCUGGGUCGUGACAUGCCCGGGGAGCCUCGGCAGGGCAGCUCCUGGCAGAGGGUGUCCUUGGUCGCAGCAGCUUCUGUGACCAAAUACUCUGGAGCAGCCCAAGAGCUGGAUGGGAGAAUGAACCCUGAGAAAAAGACCUGGGACAGAAGAGGCAUGGAAUUCCUGGGAGGAGCUGCUGCUACGGUUGGUCUGAAGCUGGUCGAGAAAUUCGUAGACGAGGCAUUCGAGCGAACAAAAAAAGGAUGGGAACCAGAGGCCUCAAAGCCCCAGGAAUCUUUGAUGAAGGAGGACUUCCAGAAGUUCACGCAAGAAAUGAAAGCUAUGCGUGAAGAUCUCCAGAAAGGGCAGGAAUACACAAAUUGGCUUUUUCAGCUGCUCAGAGAAAACCUGAACAAGGAACAAGGAAAGACAGAGGAGGAAAAUCCCCCAGAGGCUCAGGGAUCUGUGAUGGAGGAGACCCUUGUGCAGCUCUGCAAAGAAAUGAAAGCUAUGCGUGAAGAUUUCCAGGAAGGGCUGGCAUCCACAAAGCAGGAUAUUCAGCUGCUCAGAGAAGACCUGAACAAGGAACUAGACAGGAAAAUGAAGAAAAUGGCGAAGGCCCAGAAAUCCAAGAUGGACAAGGAAUUCCAGCAGUUCCGCCAAAGAAUUCAAACUCUGGAACAAGAAUUAUAUGGGAGGCAGGGGUCCAAACAGCACAUCCUUCAGCUCCUCGGAGCAAAAAUGGAGAUGGAACACGGUGUGCCGAUAGAAAGUGCAUCAGAAGACGAGGGCACUGAUACAGAUGCAUAGACAUCUCCUGAGCAGGUGAAGCAUUGAUCAACAAAAUUAAAGUCUGGCUCUCAUUACAUUUCUCUUGAGCUUGGCCCCCCACCCCCUGCACUCCCUGGGCUUGCUGUGUUGGGAAGUGCUCGUGCUGCUGGAAGACUGAGAUAAUUGUUAGGGCUUUUCUCCCUCCUGUGAGCUGGUUCCUCCUGUGCCAGGGCAGAUCCAUCCACUGCCCGGUUUCAACAAGUGAAGGCAACAGCAGCCAAAGUGCAACCCAGAGCAGAGCUGAAUUACCCAGCGAGCUCUACACAAAAUCUCAGGGCAGAGUUCUGGGAAUCCUGGAUUUUAAGUGUUUUAACAUUUUGUGUGUGUGAGGAAUCCGGGAUGUACAGCAGUGGGGGAACCAUUUCACCUGGAGAAUGAAGUGUUCAGUUGCAGUCCUGAUUUUUCUGUGACAUGUUUACUCCACUUGCAUUACCUGUCUUCUUUCCUGCUUCUGUUUUUAGUUAAUGUUUAUCAGUAUGUUAUAGGUAAAUAAACCAAAUCAAAAUAUA